AAUAAAUAUUGUAAGUAACACGAACUCAAAAUCACAGAAGUCAAAGAUAGAGAGGUUGAGAUGGCGUCAACCACAACAGAGACCGCGAAAGAGGCACCGAAGAUCGUGUGGAAUGAGAGCAAUAACCGCUUCGAAACCCAAGAUAAACUAGCUUACAUUCAGUACGUGUUGAGAGAAAACGGGAAGGUGAUGGAUUUGGUCCACACCUACGUCCCCUCUUCUAAGAGAGGCCUUGGUCUGGCUUCACACCUCUGCGUUGCUGCUUUUAACCACGCCAAAUCACACUCUAUCUCCAUCAUUCCCACUUGCUCUUAUGUCUCUGACACUUUUCUUCCUCGGAACCCAACUUGGAGUUCUCUCAUAUACUCAGAAGAUCCGAAAUCUAAUAUAUGAAUACAACUUCAGAAUUGCAGUGUUUGCAUGAGUGGACUUGUUUACUACUAAGUGUAGGUUGUAUUGCCUUUAUGUUUCUUCCUAUGUUUGUUUUUACUGGCUUGUGUUAUGAGGCAUUGAGGAUUUUCCUGUCUCUGCUAUUCUUUAUUUCUGAUACUUCACAAUUCAAAGAAAUGCAAUAAGGUAAACUGUCUUGUGUGUUGAAA